UUUAUAUCAUUUCAAUCAAUGAAUAGCUAUUUGUUUGACUCAAUUCAAGAAUCGUAUAAAAAAAAGUUAAAUUCAUUAACAUUAUAGCCAUUCAAUGAAUAUCUGAGGGGUUGGGGGACACAAAGUAUGUUUGCAUUGAGUGGUCGUAAUUGAUGUGCAAAUGUCAGCCAAAAUAGUUCGCAAUUAAAGUGGUUUUUAUCGAUAAAUACGUGAAAAACGGAUUCAAAAUUGAAUCACAUUUUGAACUCAUUAUACGAUUCAUUGGUUUUAUGUGUGAAUUGUUUUGAUUUCAAUUGAAUAUAACAUUCAUUCACACAAUUAAAGCUCAAAAAUGAGUGAAAAUAAUGAAAACCUCUCUAAUUGUCACUUAUUUUCACUUCAAUUGGCUUUCAAUCUGUAAUUCAUUAUCCAUUCAAUUGUCGCAACGUUUGACACAAUACUGACCACUCGUUCAGCGAUUGGUUUGUCGUUUAAAGACAAUUGACUGUCGUUUGAGUGAUACUUCUUAGCCACGGAUGACAAUGACCUCACAAUUUGACUCCAAUUAUGUGUUCCCAAUGGAUCCCAUCGACGGAUGUGUUUCCGACUUCGAUGAGGACGAGGACGCCAUCAUCACUGACACACAGAUCGUGAAUUACGAGCCGUCGAGUGCUCUGCAACUGAGCGAAGAGGCGGGCCUUCUCUUGGAUUCCGUGGAAUUGACGGAACAAAUGGUAAACUCGGGACACGAGAAGACGACGACCAAAGACUUCGAGCUGUUGAAGGUGUUGGGAAAGGGAGGGUACGGGAAGGUGUUUCAGGUGCGCAAAGUGACCGGAAACAACUGCGGCAAAGUGUAUGCCAUGAAAGUGCUGAAGAAGGCGACGAUUGUGCGCAACCAGAAGGACACGGACCACACGAAGGCCGAGAGGAAUAUCUUGGAGUCCGUCAAACACCCAUUCAUUGUGGACCUGAUCUACGCCUUUCAAACCGGUGGCAAACUAUACCUGAUCCUCGACUACCUGAGCGGCGGUGAGCUGUUCAUGCAUUUGGAACGGGAGGGCAUAUUCCUGGAGGACACGGCCUCCUUCUAUAUCUCGGAGAUCAUCUUAGCGUUGGAACACUUGCACACAUUGGGGAUCAUAUACCGCGACCUCAAGCCCGAGAACAUACUACUCGACUAUAGCGGUCACGUGAAGCUCACAGACUUUGGUCUCUGCAAAGAGGCCAUUCAGGACGGGAAGGUCACCCACACCUUCUGCGGCACCAUUGAGUACAUGGCGCCUGAGAUACUGACCCGAAUCGGACACAUGCACGCCGCCGACUGGUGGUCAAUGGGAGCGUUGAUGUACGACAUGCUGACGGGUGCGCCGCCAUUCACGGGCGAGAACCGCAAGAAGACAAUCGACAAAAUACUGAAAUGCAAACUAAAUCUCCCGCCGUAUCUGACGCCUGACGCUCGUGACCUCAUUCGCAAACUACUGAAACGACAGGUGACUCAACGGCUGGGUGCCGGUGCCGACGACGCAACGCCCAUCAAACGGCACGCGUUCUUCAGACACGUUAAUUGGGAGGAUGUGUUGGCACAACGAGUGGAGCCUCCGUUCCGACCGGUGCUCGUGGGCGACGACGACUGUUCACAAUUCGACACUAAGUUCACGAAACAGACGCCAAUCGACUCGCCGGACGACUCGCUGCUGAGUGAGUCCGCCAACAACGUGUUCCUGGGCUUCACAUACAUAGCGCCGUCCGUUUUGGAGGAAAUGCACAAACCAUUCCUCCUGAGGGGUCGCAAUCACUCGCCCCGUAAGAUCAAUAGCCCGGAGAUACUUAACCAAAUCAAGUCGUCGCCCCGACAGCUGUUCCCCAACACGAGUCGCAACGGCGCUGACGAUCCAUUGGAGGACGAGGCCAUGGACUGCACCAACAACUACUCAACUAAUAAUAACGGCAUUUCCCGCUCACAACUGUUCUCCAUGAAGACACCCAACCGGUCGCCAUCACUACCCGUUAAGAAUAAUGUCAAAAAAAAUUGA